GAAUCUUCCCUACCAAAAAGAUACUAUUUAAUAAGGCGAGACGCCAUCCCCACGAGACUCCUAACCUCGCAGAGAUGGCAACGAAGCUUAUGCAAGCGAUUCAGUACGAUCGCUAUGGCGGCGGCCCCGCCGGUUUGAAGCAUGUAGAGAUUCCAGUUCCCACUCCAAAUAAAAAUGAGGUUUUGGUGAAAGUGGAAGCGGCUAGUCUGAAUCCUUUUGAUUGGAAGAUUCAAAAGGCUGUAGCAAGGCCUCUGUUACCUCGAAAGUUCCCCUAUAUCCCUGGUACUGAUAUAGCAGGAGAGAUAGUAGAGGUUGGAUCAAAAGUCAAAGAUUUCAAAGUUGGUGACAAAGUGGUUGCUUAUCUUGCUCAUGAUCAUGGAGGUGCACUUGCUGAGUUUGCUGUGGCUACUGAGAGCUUAACAGUUUUGAGACCAUCUGAAGUCUCAGCAGCUGAAGCUGCCGCUUUAACUUUGGCUGGUUUAACAGCUUACCAACCCCUCAUUGAAAUUGCUGGUGUCAAGCUUGAUGGAACUGGUGAACAAAAGAACAUCUUAAUAACCGCCGCCUCAGGCGGCGUGGGUCACUUUGCAGUUCAACUUGCAAAGCUAGGGAACACUUUCGUCACGGCCACUUGCGGGGCCCGCAACGUUGACUUGGUCAAGAACUUAGGUGCUGAUGAGGUUCUUGACUAUAAGACUCCAGAAGGAGCUGCUUUAAAGAGUCCAUCUGGUCGAAAAUACGAUGCGGUGAUACAUUGCACAACUGGUAUACCAUGGUCCACUUUUGAGCCUCAGCUGAGUGAUAAAGGAAAGGUAAUAGACUUAACGCCUGGUUUGAUUUCAAUGGCGACUUUUGCUCUGAAGAAACUCACUUUCUCUAAGAAGCAAAUAGUGCCGUUCUUUGCAACACCCAAUAAAGAGAACCUGAGUUAUCUGAUUCAGUUGGUGAAAGAUGGAAGGCUUAAAUGUGUUAUUGACUCUCGUUUCCCUUUGAGUCAAGCUGAAGAUGCUUGGGCUAAGAGCAUUGAUGGCCAUGCUACUGGAAAAAUCAUUGUGGAGCCAUAAACACCACAUACAUAUAUACAAAUAUGCAUAGAUACACGAAUAUGUACAUGCACACAUACACACAUACACAUAUAUAUAUAUAUGUAUGUAGAAGAAUAGUGAAUUACAGCAUGGUGUAUAUUUGAGUUGAAGUGUGAUAGGAACCACUGGCCUCUUACUAUUUCAUUCUAGGAAGAGGCGUGGCAGUUCUUAGAUAUUAUGCAUGUGUUUUAUGUUGGUAUAUGCCUUUGUGUCUAUCCUUAGUAGUUAGCUGUUGUUAUUGCUAGUUAGCAGCAGUUCCAUGUUUCUAGGGUUUGGAAGUUAAUUUCAGCUAUAUGCUGUCAAAAUUAUGAAUGUCAUAUCAUGUAUUUUGCCAAAGAUAUAAAUAAAGUAUUUUUCAGUGGAUUAUUU